AUGCUCAAGCUGCUGGUUCCGGGUGCCGUUUUCAUUCAGGUGGCCGAGUGGAAAUGCCUCAACGAGCAGUGCCAGUACAUCAACUUCGGCUUCUGGCGGAGCUGCGGGAUGUGCCAGUCUACGCCGCCGGAGGAGACGAUGAUCAUGCAGAAGAGACAGCUGGAAGAGCUGCCACGCGUCGGCCAGCUCAAUGAGGAAGAAGAACCGCUGGACAAGGUGAGGGGCCUCCCCAGUCUCGUGCAGGAGCUCGCCUUGGACUCAGACGAGCUGGUCGCGGGGCCGCAGGUUGGAGAUCUCGAGAGGCAAGAUACCGUGGCGGGUCUACCUGAUGUGGACGUGGCUGACUACAUCAGGGACCCCCUGCACUACACGUUCGCGGCGUGGCGGAAGGCACUGGCCUAUCAGCAGAUAAAGUUCGAGUACUGCGACAGCGCGAGCAGGCUCGACCCCUUCGACAACGAUAUCGAGGGGGAUGCCUGCGACCACAAUGCGCAUGCCAAGGGCUCCACGGCCAAAGAGAUGGUCGAGUACUGGGUGGCGGUGCACAACCGCUAUGAACAGCUCGAGGAUGACUUCGGCGAGACCGCGCAGGAGGCCGCGCUGCAGCUGAAGGACCGCGAGCACCUGGACACAGCCUCUGUGACGCACUGCGGCGGCUCGAUGAUGGCAGUCAUGCCGUCACCAGAGCUGCCGCCCGUCCCCGCCCUUGAUAAGGUCGAGCACUCGAUAGGCGAGCACAGCGACCUGAAGGAGAACGGGAAGACAGAGGAGAAGACUUGCACGGAUGAGUUCAGGCAGACGGUGGCGUCCAUCUUCGCCUCCUUCUCCAACUCGCUGGCCUUCGACAGGGCCCGUGCGCUCCAGAACUUGAAGGAGCUCCUGGGCGAGCCCGAGGGCUAG